CCGGGUCCCUGGGCCGGCGGCGGCGCCGCUCCCGCUGCGGCGGCCCCGAGCAUGGUUGUGGCUGUUCCUCUCCGGUAAGGCUGCACCUCAUCCUGGGAAAAAGAUAAUUGAGAGAGGAAAAGUUUGGCUGGUGGUGGAAGGGAGUGGAGGAGGUUCCUUUGAAAAAUGGCUCUGCUCUGUGAAGAGGCGAUGCAGUAGAUGUGGUGCUUAGUCAUGGCAUCAGAACUGUGUAAAACAAUCUCUGAGGCAAAGCUGGAGAGGCACAAGAACUUGUUCUUGAAUUACAGAAAUCUCCAUCACUUCCCUCUGGAGUUACUGAAAGAUGAGGGGCUGCAGUACCUGGAGAGACUUUACAUGAAAAGAAAUUCCCUGACCACAUUGCCAGAAAACCUUGCACAGAAGCUUCCAAACCUCGUGGAAUUGUACCUUCAUUCAAAUAACAUAGUUGUUGUACCUGAAGCCAUUGGCUCCCUGGUUAAGCUGCAGUUUCUGGACCUGAGUGACAAUGCCCUGGAGAUCGUGUGCCCGGAGAUCGGCCGCCUGCGCUCCCUGCGGCACCUGCGCCUGGCAAACAACCAGCUGAAAUAUUUACCUGCAGAGGUCGGAGACCUGCGGGAGCUGCAGACCCUGGACAUCUCCACCAACCGCCUGAUGACGUUACCCGAGAGGCUGCACAUGUGCCUUUCCCUGCAGUACCUGACUGCAGACAGGAACCACCUGUGGUCUGUGCCCCGCCACCUGUGCCAGCUGCCCAGCCUCAACGAGCUCUCCAUGGCUGGCAACCGCCUGGCCUUCCUGCCCCUCGAUUUAGGUCGUUCUCGAGAGCUCCAGUAUGUUUAUGUGGAUAACAACAUUCACCUGAAAGGCCUCCCAUCUUAUCUGUAUAAUAAAGUCAUUGGUUGCAGUGGUUGUGGUUCUCCAAUUCAAGUUUCAGAGGUGAAACUGCUCUCUUUUUCAUCAGGCCAGUUAACUGUGUUCCUGCCAGCAGAGGUGAAAUCUAUAGGGACAGAAACAGAUCAUGUCCUGCCUUUGCAAGAACUGGCCAUGAGGACCCUCUAUAACACCUACUACAGGUUUUUGAAAGAUUUAAACUUUCUGACUCCAAUCUCACUACCCAAAAGCCUCUUGGAACUGCUGCACUGUCCCUUGGGACACUGCCACCGCUGCAGCCAGCCUAUGUUUACCAUUGUCUACCCAAAGCUCUUUCCCUUGAGGGAAACUCCAAUGGCAGGAUUGCAUCAAGGGAGGACAACUGUUAGUUUUGUGGCAUACUGCUGCUCCACCCAGUGUCUGCAGACUUUUGACCUACUGAGUUGAUAAACAUUUCAACCUCCUCAGGAGUGGUGCCAGUGUAAAGCUGCGUUCGAUGCCGUGUCCCUGUGGUACUGGAAUACCGUGUGUGCUUGUGCCAAAGCAGCAGAAGUGCCCAGUCAGGAACACUCUGAGGCACUUAAAUCCUGCCCUAUCAAAUCUGGAUGAACUGCAGGAACUUUUCAGAAGUGUAAAUACCGAGCUUUUAAAAGUAUUAAUUUCUUUCUCCUCCAAGGCAGCACACAAACCAAACACAUUCACAGGCUCUGACUUCAGGAUUUCCAGUAUUUUUCAAAUGUGCCUGAUUUCAGGUUGACCCAUUGCAUCAUUUGAGGCAGUUGCAUUCCUCUAACUGCAAAAAGAAAAGUUCAGUUAUGGCAAACAAAUUUUCACUUAUUCAUCCCUAUCCUCUUCCCCUGUACAGCUGCAAUCAGGUGUAUUGCUGUAAGCCUGCAGAAACCUUUGAUGGAUCCCAGUGACUUUUCCAUAGAAUUCAGCCUUACUUUCUCUCUCUCAUCUUAAUGUUUACUGCAGCAGAGUUAUCCCAGUUGUAUACCAAGUCUUUGACAGUUCUCUGUGGUAUUUAAAUCCACAUGCUAAAAGCAGAUCUUUCUUUCUAGUAUCAUUAAAUACCACAGUUAUUUAAUGGGAGUAACUAGGAUAUGUCUGGAGACUGAAGAUCCUGUUUCAGUGAAGGCUGGUACUGAUGCCUACACUAAGGACUCUUGCUCCAGCAUGUUUGAGGGUGUGUUGUCUUUAUUUUCAUUGCUUUAUUUUUAGAAAUAGUUCUCCUUUUGUUCCAUGAAAUUCUUCAGGAAGAAGACAACUUUAAGUAUCAAUUUCCCUUGGAAAAAAUCCAACUAGUAAUAUGAUAGUAAACCUUUAUAUUUAUUGUAUUUUUACAGUUGCAGGCUAUAGAUCUGCAAAGAGCCGGUCUUGAUCUUUUUCUAGAUUCAGCAUUUGGCUGUUUUAUCCAAGUGUGUCAGUGGAUUGUGUGCCUUGGAGAAGGCUGGAAGUCCAGGAGCAGGUGUGUAUCUCCAUGCACAGGUAUAUUUGCACACAUGGAUACCUGCACAGAAGGGCUGGGACAUUUGUUUUCAUACAUUAAUGGCAGAUUUGGUGCAAAUUGCCACUCACUAUCAUAUUUGUGGGAAUCUCUUUUUGUUACAUCUUGUUUAUUUUAAAUAAAGAAUGAAGGAUGGAAAAAAGGCCCAAAAUGCCUACGUGACUAAACAUUUUGAUUUUAUACUAAAACAGUUUAUACAUGAUCGGCCCCUUUUGAUUUCUUUUUGAAUAUAUAAUAUUUUUUAAAUAUAAUUUGUUCUUUUUUUUUUUUACUUUCUAUUUCUUAGGUAUAAACCACUUGUUGAUUUAGCACAGUGUGCUGCUGUGUGCAGUAGGUAGUUACAAGCUGAAAUAGAUAUGAAUGAAACAGUUUGUUAUAAAAAUGGCAAGAUAAAGAGACUUAUUUGGUAGUGUAUUAGCAUAUGUUGUGGUGAGGUGUGCGUACUUUGAAGGCAGGAGGCAUUAAAAUGUUUUCCUGUUGCCAAAGAAGCAUUUGUUCCCUCUGCAGGCUUCCUGGCAUCUCUUCAAUAAAUAGAGUAUCUUAAGAGCUUAAAAGAGUACCAAAAAGGCAGUUUUGAGGGUGGAAUUUUUAGGUUGUGCAUGUAACUUGUAAAAAUCUUUCCUGGUUUUAUUGGGUUGGUUUUAGAGAGUUGAAUUAGCAUUAAGAAAUGUAGAACUUAAUCAUUCAGGAAUGCAAGUAUCAUCUACUGCUUAAGAAUUGUGAAACUUUCUAAAAUAAAUCCCAUUUAUUGAAUCUGCUUUGCAGUAGGGGAAAGAGCCAUCUCCAAGCAGCCUUGGUGCUUUUGGAUUUCUGUCUGUGUCGUUUCCCAGGUUUGUUUCCAUGUUGGAAUCCCAGCAGGCCCAGCCACCCCACAGGGUUCACUGCUGAGGCAGCAAAAUCCACCUUCAGCUUUAUCCUUUUCCUUCAGUACCUCAGAGCUGAGAUGUAAACUGCCCAUGUACAAUUAUAUCUGUAUCAGAAAUGUGCAAGUGAAGAACAAAAUCCACUUUUGUAAAAACAGAUGAUAAAAGCUAUGGUAGUGUUACAGAUGUUAAUUUUUAUACAAUACUCUGAUCAGGAUUUUUCAGUAUUAAUUUUUACUGUGGCUUCCUCUGUCUUUGAAGGAGAUGUUUUCUUGGAAGUUUUGUCCUCUUUUUAUAGCAAGUUGUAGACUUGAAAUCACAGUUUAUAUCUGAAUUCAGUCUGUAAAUACUAUUUUGGAGUUAAAUCUGGCUGUGAUCACCUAAAAGACAUCAGCAUUUGUUUUAUUAGGAGUCAAGAAGAGUGAAGCUAUAUUUUAUUAUUAUAACUAUUUAUUUUUUUUUCUUCUUCCCAUAAUCUAAUUAUUUCUUAUUGAGUCUGCAUCAGUCUCUUUAUUAUUGUCUCCAAGUGCAGUUCAGAAGAAACUUAGCCUGUUCUAUAAGCAGGAUGAAUCUUAACUAACACUUUAAUAGAUGAUAUUUCAAGAAUGGAAUGUUCAAUAAAUAAAUGACUUAAACAUGCAAUUGAAGCUGAAAUGUCAUACCCUAUUUUUAUAAAACAAAGAAGGGGAAAGCCAAUAUAUAGACUGAGAAUGCAGCUUAAGUUCAUGUUUGAUGUUUUGGGGUUUUUUUGUAUGAACAGUGUUUGUAUUCAUCUGUAUCUUUGGGUGAUAUUCUUCUAGAUUAAAAUAACUCCAUUCUCACUUGUCCAAAUUUUUCUAAAGUUGUUCUGCUGUAAGAGUAUUUCAUAACCAGCAAGCAUGAGCGCCAGCUAUGCAAAUUGCAGAGAGGGAUUUUGUUGCUGAUUGAACUGUGCAUCACUGGUUUUUCAAGAUGCCACAGUGCUUGGACUUCUCUGUAGUUGGUUUGUUUCUGGGUAAUUUUUGAUUUCUUGCUCUGAUUUGUCAGGUUAGCUCCCACCUAGGUAAUUUUUUCUGUGUACUGCAAAACAUCAGGUGCCAGAUUUUGAAAACAAUUACCAUCUAAAAAGUUUUUUUUUUGUUGUUAACAGUAGAUCUUAAUUCUUCACUUAGGGUGGAAGCAGGAAAAGUUUUUUGAUUUCUUUUUUCUCAAGGCAUUACAAAGAGAAAGGUGCAGGAGAGGGAUGAGAUAAAAAUAAGUCUUUAACCCAUUGAUACUGCUAUAAAAUUUUUCUAAGUAAGGAUUAACUACAAUUAUAAUUAGGGAUCACAGCCAUAACUUUUGUUUAAGUUGUGAUAGUAAGCACCAUGUUAAUAAAAUUCCAACCCUAUAUAGAGGUAGCUUUUGGUUCUGCCAUGAAGGAAAUGGCGGAAUCUCUGGCUUUGUUUAAAAAUCCUUCUGAGGGUUUUUGCCAUGGACACUGUUACAUUCAGAGCGCAGUUCCUGGGAACCUUCCUCAUCAUCUCUCAGAGGAUCAGAAAUGCCCUUUCCUGUGCAAAGAGCAAGGUCUAAUAUAAAGAAAUGUGUAUUUUUCUGUUUUGAUGCUUCUCCUGAGCUCUUACCACGGUUCAUUACCAGCCUUCUAUUUACUUGGUUGUGGUGAGGUUGAGAUGUUGCUCUGAGCAGAGCAGUGCUGUUUAUUGCCAAGUUGGCUUCAAUUCCUGCAGAUUGAAUUCUGCUGAAUCCCUUUUUCUGGCAUUGAGGGGAGCACAGGACUGUUCUAACACCCGUGUGGGAGCAGCGUGUCAGGUUCUACUGACAGCACAGCCCAGCUGAAGCCUGCAGUGACAAACCCGUCACUAGAGAGGACAACUGGCUUUUGAAGGCCACUCUGGCCCACCACAAUACCACUGAUAACAGAAGAAUUUUUGCCCUGAUGUCAGUGGAUGAUGGGUCAAGUUCUAGUUGAUGAGAGGGAGGAAUGUGUGUUGCCAUCUUUGUAUUUCUUGCAAAAACUGGGAUGACACUAGAAUCCAUGGCUGCUGCUGUGUCUGCAGCUGCACUUCCAUAAUUCCAAGAUGUGACUAUCUUUGCCUCUUACCUCCCUCUUAAUACUACUCAUGUUGUUGCAAAAUGUUAUGGUUAACUUGUGAUAGAAGAGGCUGAAUAAAUUGAAUCCAGAGUUUUUAUUACUUUUUUGUAUUACAGAUCUAUUUUGUAGGAGACCGAAGGUCUGGUGGAAAGAAAUGGCAAUGUUCAUGUGAAGUCUUCAUUGCUUUUGCUUUUAUGUGCCCUUUUUUGGAUUAUAACUUGAACUCUGUUUGCAGCUGAGUUCAUUCUGUGUCUGUGGAAAGCACAUGUGCAUUGCUUUCUUGCUCUGUAUUAACCAAAUGUCACUUAGUGUGAAGGUGAGCUUGCUAGAUGGUUUCUUUAAAGUUAGUGGUGCGAAUUAUUGUAUGUGCUUGUUAAUAAACUAUAUUUUUGGAUAGAAUUACCAUUCAUUAAAAUUAACUAAAUUCUUGCUCCUGGGACUAUUAAGCUAUGUUAGAAUGUAGCAUUUAAUUUACAUUUCAGUUCAUUUGCAUGGUAAUUAGCUAAUAAGUCUCUUGUCCCAAGGCUGAAGAGGUGGGGUGAAGACACUAAAAGCACUCCCAAGCCCAAAACACCACUUCAAUUCAUUUAAUCCCUUUGUCUCAGACAAUGUAGUUCAUCAGAUCUUGCGUAAUAGGAGCAAAACCC